AUGGCAUUGCCUGCACUUCCCGAUGAUGUCUUCUACAUGAUCCUUGAAGAGCUGGAGCAGCAGGCCGACGUGUCUGCGUUCAUGCGCUCUUCUUGGUCGUUUUAUGCUCUAGGUAUCAACCGUCUGCUGGCGAUUGGGGUGUCGAUACGUGCCGGCACGAAGCUGAUCUCAUUUUGCCGCUUCAUGAAGCGGAUCCUCCUCGACGUACCUGUGCGCGACGCCAAACAGGUGCACAACUUCACGAUCUCCUUCGCAGCCAAAAGAGGCGAGCGUUAUAGGGGCGAGCAGGAACAGAGUUCCACGGAAGAACACCAGGACGAUCACCCGAUUGAAGCACUACACGCCCCUCUCCUCCUCGUCCCUAUCUUAAAGCGUCUCACCACUCUGCAGAGACUUGAAAUCUCGUGCUGUGAGACGCUUUUGGAGAGGGACGAACGGCUCGUGUACGCCUUCGUAGGGCUCACCACCUUGCAGGAGCUGCACAUCUCCGACUAUGGCCCACUGACGGAAAACCUCAUCACCAACCUCCGCUCGCACCUCUCCGAGGUGUACCUUGACUAUACAUCUCGCGUCAACGGGAUGCCCAUUAGGCAUUACGACGGGCUGAGCCUACCGGACCCCCUAACGAUGCUCCGCCGACACCGAGACACGCUGCAACGGGCGACAAUCUUCCUCGGAUGUCUCAUCAAAGAAGCAUUAUGCACAGUCGAUGCCGUGUAUCCGCACGUCCGCACGGUUGCACUCUCCAGGUGUCAACUCUUCGAACGCAAGGUAGUAGUGAACGCAUUUCCGAACAUCAGCGCACUGGAAGCAUUCUGGAUGGAACCCCGUACUGUCAGGUCUCACCCAGGGGACGGGCCGUCCGCGCAGGAGGUUCGCGCCGUCAACGCCUCGUACGCAAAACAGUGGGAGAGACUGGACUUCGUCCAUGCGGACGUCGAAACGCUGUACACGCUCGCGCUGAAGUGCCCGGUGCGCAGAUUAGACGUCACAUUCUGGGAAUUCGACAACGAGGACAUCGAGUACCUGUGCAUGACGCUCCCGGACGUACGGCCUCAAUGUCUUGUCUUACAGUGGGGAUACUGGGACUGUCGCGAACGCGUCUCUAUAGACUUAUCUCCGGAGCUCCUCCUGCGGCUUGCCGAUGGUUUGCGCGAACCGGUUAUCAGCGGGAUCACCCACUUUGGGCUGGACAUCUCGCUCAGAAGGAUUGAGGACAACCCAGUUCACUACAUGGAUGCCAUCACAACGCUACUCGGCGCGCUGCAAGGAGUAUGUUUCUUCUCGUUCCGGCUGCACGCAGUGUCCCCUGAGUACGAGGACGAGUUCGAAGACUCUACACUCGGAGACGAGGACCAGAUCCUCGAUGUUCUGUCCGCCUUCGACGAUGACCUCGUGCACUGGGCCCAGGAGAUCGCCGACGCGACACAGGCUCUCGCCGUCCUCUGCUUCUUUGUGAUGGGCCGGCGCGCGUUUUGGCGCAUCUCGCAGAGGGGCAACCUGAGAUUUCUUCAAAGCAUCGAGCCAGAGGAAGGCGAACGCAUCAUGGCUUCCGCAGAGAUGACAUGGCAUCAUCCAGCGAAGAGCCUAUGGCAGGGAACUCCUAACUACAUCCGUGGAAGCUAG